AUGGAACCGUCCCCCGUGCCCCCUGGCAUUCCUCCAGCCAAUUCCGUGCUGGGGGACAGCCGCAUUGAUGAUGCUCAUCUCGACGUCUCCGAUUUCCCGUCGACCCAUAUUCAUGGGAACCUGCCCUGGGAUGGUCAGGGCGACCUGGCCUCCCUGAGGACGGCUCGCAAGUCUCGUUUCUGGCACGCCGUCCUCAACACAGCCCACCGAACCUUCAUUCGCCAGAUCCUCGGCCUCAACCCUUUCAAAACUUCGUAUUUUUCUCUGUACCGUCCUUUAACCGACUUUUCAUCUCGUCUUUUAUUGCUUCUCGCCGUUUCACUCUCAGUCGCUGCCGGCCUGCCCCUUCCCCUGAUUGGAGUCGUCUUUGGGAACAUCAUCAAUCAAUUUCCUCCGUCGUCAGCGGAGUUGAGCACCCAUCUAAACCGGCUAAUGGGAAUUGCGGUUGCCUAUUUUAUUGUCACUUGGGGUUGGUCACUAUGCUGGGCUGUCAUCGGGCAGAGAGUUUCGAGGAAAACGAGGGAAAACUUGUUUGAGCGCGCAUUGGGUCUGGAUAUGGCCUACUUUGAUGUGGCUGCGCCGGAUAUGACGAACAUGCUCACGGAGAAGACACAGACGAUUCAGCUCGGGACUUCAGAGAAGGUUGGCUUGUUCAUCGCCUCGAUAAGCUACUUCCUUGCCGCGUUCACUGUAGGCUUCAUCCUAAAUGCGAGGCUUACGGGCGUCCUUCUGGUAACAGUCAUUCCAGCUAUGACUUUGGCUGUCGUCUGCGGCACCAAGCUGGUUACUAGGCUAUCAAAAGAGGCCGACUCUUUCACGGAGAAAGCUGCGGCUGUUGCGGAGAGCGCCAUCAGAUCCGUCCAGGUCGUGCAGGCUUUCGGCGUGUCGGAGCAGCUCGCACAAGACCAUGCCAACUUUUUGCGCUCCGCUCUGCGCAUUGGAAUAAGAAAGAGCAUGGCGGGUGCUUUGAUGCUUGGCAGUGUAUACUGCAUCGCCUAUUCUGCGAAUGCACUGGCCUUCUGGUAUGGCCAUCACCUGCAGGAAGAACAAGUGUCUCAAUCCGGUGGUGCCGGAACCAUCUACGCAGUAGUGUUCCUUAUACUAGAUGCCUCAUUCGUGGUUGGCCAAUUUGGCCCUUUCAUCCAAACUCUAGCCUUGGCAGCAGCGGCGGGUGAGUCCGUAUAUUCCAUCUUGGACCAUCCGCGACCGAACAUCGACGUCUAUUCUACCGAAGGAGUCGAAGCAAAUGAACAGCAUUUCAAACGUGGCCUAGAGCUAAAGCAGGUGUCGUUCGUUUACCCAGCCAGACCCACUGUCCGUGUUUUGGACGAAGUUACCCUCUCGUUUCCUCCUGGUAAAAUUACAGGCGUGGUUGGCCCUUCUGGCUCUGGAAAGUCUACGCUGACCGCCCUCUUACUGCGGUUGUAUGAUCCAACUGUUGGUGCUGUCUCGUUAGGAGGUAUGGAUUUGCGCACCUUCAACAUCAGAAGCCUUCGUUCUCAUAUGGCCCUCGUAACACAAAACCCUGUGCUGUUCACCGGAACGAUCUUGGACAACAUCAAACAUGGCCUAUGCCAGACAGAACUUCUUACAGAAGAAGAAAUUCUCGCGAGAUGCCAUGCAGCGGCGGCAGAAGCUCACUGCGACUUCAUCGACCACCUCCCCGAUGGGAUGAAUACGAUGAUUGGUGCAGGCCACCACUCACAGCUCUCCGGUGGGCAAAAGCAGCGGAUUACACUAGCACGGGCGCUUGUCGGAAAUCCUUCCCUGCUCCUGCUCGACGAGUUCACCAGUGCAAUGGAUGCCACGAGCGAGGCCAUUGUUCUAGAAAAUCUGAAGAGAAGCUCAGCGGCAUCGAAGAGAACUACCAUAAUUAUCGCCCAUCGCCUUAUCACGGUUAAAGACGCUGAUCACAUCCUCCUCAUGAAAGAUGGAACCGUCGUAGAGGAAGGUUGCCACGAAAGCUUGAUUCAUCAAAACGGCGUAUAUGCUGGUCUUAUUCACGCCCAGCAGUUUGAUAAAAAGAAACAACUAUCUUCAGCAGGUUCAUCGAUCGUAUCUAGUAACCGAAUACUGAGGAAGGAGACACCGACCAGAGCGGAAGUCGAUGAUGCGGAACGUGAAAGCUCACCUUUCCUUGCAAAAGUGCAUGAGCCUUUGACGACUACGCAAACCAUUGCGCGGUGUAUCAGAUUGAACCGGAAAGAGAGUCCUGCGAUCGCCCUGGGACUGUUAUCUUCCGUACUGAGCGGCAGCAUCAUCAUGGGCGAAGCAAUCAUUUUCGGAAACCUCGUGGAGCUGCUCAAUGAUCGUUCCGGUUCCGCACAACUCGAUUCUCGGGUCGCUUUCUUCUCCUUGAUGUUCGUCAUUCUUGCUCUCGUCGCAUUUGCGUCGCAUAGUUGUGGGGGCAGCGCCUUUGGGGUUGUUUCUGAGAAUUUGACACUUCGUAUCAGGGACAUUUCCCUCCGUACAAUUCUCAAUCAAGAUAUGUCAUGGUUUUCGAGGCCUGGCCAUUCGCAUCACGAGCUCAUGUCGAGGAUCAACAUGGACAGCGGUCAUCUCAGCGGACUCUCCGGCAUCAUCCUCGGCACCUUCUUCUCCAUAACGACGUCUGUCGUCGGUGGAAUAAUCUUGGCACACAUAGUGGCCUGGAAGAUCGCCAUCGUCCUUCUCUCUGCUGUCCCGCUUAUGAUCCUAGCCGGAUUCCUCCGUCUUCGCAUUCUCGCGAAAAGCGAAGAACGCCAGCAAACAGCCUUCAACUCAGCGAGUGCACUUGCUUCGGAGGCUUGUGCAGCCAUUCAGGCCGUUGCGGCGCUUGGGCGAGAAAGGGAAUUUCUGUGGAGGUACAAGAGAGCGAUACAGAAACCUUACGAGGAGAGCUUGACGUUCAGCAUUUGGGGUAACAUGCUUCUGGCAUUUUCGCUAUCGGUCACCUACUUUGUUUAUGCACUGGCAUACUGGUGGGGCUCCAAACAAGUGCGAGAGGGUCACUACAGCCAGAGAGCUUUCUUCAUCGUCCUCCCUGCCCUCCUUUUUUCUGCGCAAGCCGCCGGACAAAUGUUCAGUCUAGCGCCAGAGAUAACGCGUGCGAAGACAGCUGCUCAAAGUGUCUUUGCCCUGCAUGACGAGCAGCCAUCGAUUGUGACUCAGCACCAAGCCAGCGCAUCAUCUAUCGUCAGACCAGAUGGACGCCAGGUUGACGAUGCCGACGCAGCCGAAGCCGCCGGACGAGGUGAAUUGGAGUUCCGCAACGUGACGUUGAGGUACGAGACAAGGAAAGGUGCAUGCGCGCUCGACGACGUCUCCUUCUCCAUCAAAGCGGGACAGUACGUUGCGUUCGUGGGCCGCUCCGGCGCAGGCAAAUCCAGCGCAAUGCACCUGAUUGAGCGCUUCUACGACCCAACCCUCGGCGCCGUCCUCCUGGACGGUAAAGAUAUUCGACUCGAAAAUGUGCAGGAGCACCGGGCCAAGCUCGGCCUCGUCGAGCAGGAGCCUGACCUGUUUCCCGGUUCCAUCGCUUUCAACAUCGGCCUCGGCGCUAAACCGGGGCACAAGGCCUCGCGAGAGGACAUUGAGAAUGUAGCGAAGAAAUGCGGAUUGCACGAGUUCAUCAUGAGUCUGCCCGAGGGAUACAACACUGAUGUCGGAUCACGCGGCUCCAAACUGUCCGGAGGUCAGAAGCAACGCCUCGCCAUUGCCAGGGCGCUGAUAAGAAACCCCGAAGUACUCCUUCUGGACGAGGCGACGUCUCAGUUGGAUGCGAAUACGGAGAGAGAGGUUCGGGCUGCGAUUAUGGCGGCAGCGAAGGGGCGGACGACGGUCAUGAUUGCGCAUCGGUUGGCGAGUGUGCAGCAUGCGGAUCGGAUAUUCGUUUUCGAGGCUGGGAGGAUUGUGGAGCAGGGGACGCAUGAUGAGUUGGUGGCAGAAGGGGGGAUGUAUGCGGGGAUGGUGAGUGCUCAGGAGUUGGGCUGA